AUGGAAACGAUGCACAAUGUUGCCUACGAACAGGUGCAGGUCGAGAAGACACCCGAGGGGGCCGCUCGCAUGAAACGGUACAUCGCUCUGGAGUGGCCCAACUUGGUCUUGUCUAUCAUGCAAUCCGCCUUGGACCGCCAUCAUCUCGAAGACAUCGUGUGGAACGUGGAUCCCGAGGACGUUCCUUCAUUGCUGAAUGUGCAUUUCAAGCACACCGUGGCCACUCUGAGGCGGCUGGCAGAGUUCGGGCUCCUCUACGGGUCGUUCCCAUGGCGGUUCUUUCUGGUGUGCGACAGCGAUGAUCACGUGGCAGCCCGGACGCUCAAGGAGAUGAAGGACGAGUGGACGUUCCUGCUCCGCCAGGAAGAGGCCGCUCCGAAUGCUCAUGGAUCCUUUCCAUUGUCGCAGGUCAUCUGGUUGCGGUGGCGAGUCUACCGGGAAGUCAUGACCUUUGCGGAGGAAAGGGACUUCCGCCUGUGCGAGGAGGUCCGGCAGCUCAUCAAGGCCUACCAGGCCUCUCCGAGCUCCACGCUGGGAUGCGAAGACGCCUUUCGCUCGCUCCGGAAGGCCGAAAGGAAGAAGGGCGGAGGAGAGGCCGCUCCAUCGCAGCUGCAGGCUCAAGCCGUGAAGGCUUGCAGCGAGAGGUUCGGUGGAGACGGCGGGUUCCAGGUGGCCGAGGUCGCUCCUUCGCAGAUCCACUCGAUCCCGGUGAAGCAGACUGUGAAGGCCAGUGUCUACACGGCCGCUCGGAGCACAGGACCUGAGACUGGACUCUCUUUCUUUUCGGGCAUGGUACGUGAGGCGACUGUCAGCCCUUAUUUCCUCACACGGAAAUGCAUCAACCUCUGGAACAUGUUCAAGCGGAAGGAAGGAGAUCUGUCAGACGCAUGGCUUGCAGAGUUGUCCAGACCCGGGCAGGUGCUGAACGCCGGCCGCGACUACUGGUUGGUCGUGGAGUCCUUCGACGGCGGUCGCGAGAUGGUGGCGGUCGUUCCCACAAACGAAUGCUAUUUGCAGGACGUUUCUCCACCGAAGUUGGAGGAUUCCAACGUUUGUGGGGCCGUUCCAGUGCUGCAGGGCGGCAAGAUGGUUCUGAGGCUGGGGACCCCGACGCCUUUGAUGAACCAUGCCCUGCAAAACUAUGCUUCCCGCCUGUCGUUCAAUUGCCUGAGGCAGCUCUGCAGCUUCUGCAAUGUUCGGCCGAAGUCUACGAAGAAGAGCUGUGCCGAGGCCGUUCUGGCCCACCUGGCUUAUACCAAGGAACAGAUGGACGAGAUCUUGCGGACGUUCAAGUCCAAAGGCAAGGAGGAGGAGGCCGAGGACGAAGAGGAUGCGGUGCAAGAAGGCGAACCGGUUUUGGGUGUGGACACAGUCUGCGAAGCCAAGAUCUUGAGCAAACUCUUGCAGAAGCUGGAAGAGACGGAAGCUCAGGAGACGCCGAACAAGUCCGGAAUGCCGGAGAAGGCCGCUCAGGAAGCAGCAGGACACGGACCGUCCGAGCAGGAGCCCGCUGAGCCCGCUCCGGCCGAAACAAAGCGGCCCUCCCCUGCGACUGCGAGCGGCGGAGUCGUUCCUUGGACGGAGGCCGAUCGUGGUGUUCACGAUAGGCCCGAUGUCGCCAAGGAGAAGAUUCCGGACAGGUGCAGGCUCGCCAUGCACACACCUGACAACGCCUCGCCUUUCAUACAGGGACAUCUCCCCGCUGAUGAGACUUGGAGGGGCCGUUCCAGCACCUCCCGUGCAUUCCGGCCACUCAGCAGUGAGCAAACAGUGCAAGGUCGUGCAACCAGAACAUACGACUCAGCUUUGGCGGAAGUUCUCGAGUUUCUGUGGUCCUGGCACGAGGCCAAGACUCAUUCCUCGGCGGAUUUGGCCGCUUCUAGUACUGCGGUUGAUCAUCCAAAGGGCGACGGGGUCCCGGAUCCCUCUCCCGCUUCCGAAGCGCCUCGCAAGAAACGCAAGGUUUCAUAG